CCCUAGAAUCCUUGUGGGCUCCGCCCACUCACUGCGGUGAUUGUGGCCUUUGGGGUUGUGUCACGGCCAAUUCGGCCAGUUCGGUGCCUGGGUGGAGUUAAAGGGGUUCACGGGAGCCGUGGUCGGCUGCGGUCUGAGCCAGGACCGAACACUGCCGGACGCCGACCGACUCCGGCAGUGGCACGAUGACCACUUGCACGCGCCAGAACAUCUUCGGCGUGACGGACCGCUUCCGCUGCCCGGACCGUGGUGGUGACCCGCAGAAUCGGUUCUGCUGCGGCAACAAGACGAACCGGCACUGCUGCAGUCAGAACCCACUGGACUUCUUCUCCGGCGGUGGUGGCGGCGGCGGGGGCGGUGGCGGCGGCGGCAGCGGCAGCGGCGGUUAUGGGGGAGGAAGCAGUGGAGGAUUCGGAGGAGGAAGCAGUGGAGGCGGUGGCAGCUACGGAGGGGGCGGUAGUGGAGGAAGAGGAGGAUAUGGGGGAGGCAGUGGAGGAAGAGGCGCUAUUGGGCACUCAAAUGGCGAAGUCAAGAGUGUCGCGGAGCUGGCGUCGGGCCUGGCCAGCGGCCUGCUGUUCCUGCUGCUGGUCGUCUGCUGCGUCUGCUGCGUCUGCUGUCCCUUCUGCCCUGUCAACAAGCGGCGGAAGCGUCGCGGAGGCGGCCGAAACUUUGGCAACGAUGGAGGAGGCGGCGGCGUUCCCAUGGGUCGUGUAGAGCCCCCGCCACAGCCGACACCGCAGCCCCCGCCAAACUACCCGCAGCCGGGAGGAGGCGGAGGAGGCUACCCCCAGCCAGGUGGAGGAGGCUACCCCCAGCCGAGUGGAGGAGGAGGCUACCCUCAGCCGGGUGGAGGAGGCUAUCCACAGCCAGGUGGAGGAGGAGGAGGUUACCCGCAGCCAGGAGGAGGAGGCUACCCACAGCCAGGAGGAGGAGGAUAUCCCCAGCCAGGAGGAGGAGGAGGCUACCCCCAACCAGGCGGCGGUGGAUACCCCCAGCCUGGUGGCGGUGGUGGAUAUCCCCAACCUGGUAAGGAUGCUCUGCUUGAUGCAAAUGAGAAAGGGGUUAUAUUAAGCUUCAUGUUUUCAGUCAUGAAUUUUUGCACCAAAAAUAACCAAACUGCAUUAUACUGUGAGGUACUAAACCCGGGACAAUAUGAAGGAAAUCGUGAGCACUGCCUUUGAGUGUUGAUUGUGAUG